AACAAGCAAACAAAUAAAGUAUAAUCUACGUAUAAAACUUGUAUAUAAAAAAUAAUCUGUAACUAUUGCGAUUAGUUGAGCUAUAGAAGAAGUAACAACCGGUGACGUAGUUUCUGUUUAUAGGACGAUAUUAGACUUUAUAUAACAAACACAUAAAGUGCGAAGAAAGCAAUUAUUCUAAUACUGAUGCACACAAAAACUCAAAAUGGAAAACAUUGAAAUAGAAGAUAUAAGUGAAGAUGGACAUUUUAGCUACUUUAGCGAACUUCCAGAUGAAAUAAUUAUAAAAAUAUUCUCAUACUUGUCACCAUACACCGAUAUUAAACAUUCAAAACUUGUGAACCGUAAAUGGAAUCGUAUUAUAUCAACAAAUGAGUCCCACAGUAAAAAAAUAUUUUAUGAAAGUCUUCAUAAUGGAAACAUAAAAUGGCAAAUACAUAAGCAGUCUUCCUAUAACAUAAUAGAUACUCUAGUACCAGGUACUUGGUCAGGUAAAACAAGGCGAUCAAAAGUGCAGUUGCCCAACAUAAACAUACCUUUCCCAAGAUUCUCUCAUUCUGCAGUUGUACUUGGUCGGUAUUUGUAUGUAUUUUGUGGUUCAACUUCAGAAUCAAAUUUUAGUUCAAGUACUUAUAAUGAUUUGCAUAGAUUAGAUUUAUCAAUGCGAACAUGGCAAAAAGUUAAAACAGAAGGAUUAAUGCCUGCUCCAAGAGAAUGUUGUAGCAUGGUAGCAUACAAACAAAAAUCUUCUAAACACCUUUACAGAACUUUACCAUAUCUUGGAAAACUUAUUAUAUUUGGCGGCUGGUGUCAACCUCCUCGAAAUAGAGUGAUUAUUGGUCCUAGAUUUUUUGAUGAUACACAAAUAUUUCAUGUACAUGAAUCAAGAUGGCAAAGGCUAAACCUUAAAUGCUCACCAACUUCAAGAGCUGGACAUAGUGCAUCAGUUAUUCAAGAUAAAAUGGUAUUGUUUGGUGGAUCUCAAAGAAUAAAUAGACUUAAUGAUGUAUGGGUGUUUUGUUUGGUGACUCUCACAUGGAGUUGUCCACCGAUUCAAAGUAAAAAGCCAGCAGAAAGAUUUGGCCAUUCUCAAUUCACAUUAAAUGAUACCACAAUACUUAUCAUUGGUGGGUGUGGUGGUGAUGCAAACACGUUAUUUGGGGAUGUAUGGUUGUUAAAUGUAACAACUUGGUGCUGGUCACAAGUUAAAGUAAACAAUGCUUUUAGUGAAGCACCUGAUUUGUGGUGCCAUGCUUCAGUUAUGAUUAAUGGUGAUAUAAUAACAUUUAGUGAGGAAAAAGAGUGUCCUUAUUGCAAGAUUCCUAUUCAAACUUAUAAUGUUCCAAGAGACCCUCCUUUAGAUAGUGAUGUGAAUUGCUCCUGUGGUCGUAUUCGUAAUGGAAAUUUACCUUCUAUAUCUAGACGUCAUCUGCAAAUGUAUAUUCUUAAUUGCAAGGAUGUAUUAAAUAAAUCUGUAUGCACAUGGGCUGAUUAUAAGUACCUUUCUCCUUCACCAUUGAGCAGAAAGUUAUUUACAGCAUGUACUGGUGUUAAUGAAGUAUUACUGUUUGGUGGACUUAUAAAUGAUUGUGUUGAUUCAAACAAGCUAGACAACUGCGUAAUGAUUUUGUCUGCAAAUACGUGACUUGUGGUUUCUUAAAAAAUAUUUUUUACAUUAUUAUGAAA